GGCGGCUCCGCGGGCCCCGGGUCGCCGCGCAGCGCGGGCGGCGUGGGCGACGGCGGCUCCGCGACCGCAGGGCCCUCGGCCCCACGGCAGCGGGCGUCACGCGGCGUGCCACCACCUGCCUGCCGCAGCGACGGCGGGGGAGCAGCGAUGCCCUGUUGAAGGGCGGGCUCGGCCUCCUCCUCCGCCUCCUCAGCCUCCUCCUCCUCCUCCUCCUCGGCCUCCUCCUCCUCCUCGGCCUCCUGCGCGCUCCGCUGUACGCUCCGCUCCGUCCGCUGUACGCUCCGCUCCGAACCCUGGGAGCUGAGCGCCUCACCGCAAUUGGCCUCCGGGAUGCACCCCUCCAAGGCUCCUGGCGACGGCUCCGACCGCGCUAAUGCCCACGGAGACCAGGUCUCCCGCGCCCCUGGCGAGGCCGGCUCCGCGCUUGCGGUGCGGUCCGCGUCACUGAGCGCGCCGUUCCCGCCGCACGAGUCGUGCUCCGAGGAGCCAGGCGAAGGCCGCGGACUGGCCGCGGCGCGUGCUGCCGAAGCCGCGGGCUCACUCGUGGAGCGCGGGUGCCCCUCCCGUGCCGAGCCGUCGGUCAGGGUCACCGCCUCCCGAGCCCCAGCAGGGUCCGCGUCUCUGGCCGGGGUCCGUCCCAGGCUGGAACCCACAACAUCGCUGGAGGACGAGCUGUCCGACGCGUCCUGCGGAGGCCAGUAAGGGAAGUGAGCACCCGUUGGGCGAGCAAGGGGCGCGUCUGGGCUGCUGGGUUGGAUCCCUCAUGGAGGGGCCGGGAAGAUUCGGGUGCGCUCUCAGGACUGUCGACUUGCCAAGGUCAGAUCUGCUCGAAUGUCGCUUUGGUGUGCUUUCUCACACAUCUUUGUCGAGAGCAUGGGUCGACAAGAAGUUCCCGUAGCGCAGCACUGUGAAUCCUUCCUUACCCAUGCAAGACAAUCAGGCCAAAAAAGCUCCUUCUUACGAGGUGGGAGCCCUGUGAUGCGAGCACGAAUGUCUCG